AUUUUUCAUCCCAGAAAAUCAUCAACCACCGCAAUCAUGGUCAACUUCACCGUUGAGGAGAUCCGUCAGUUGAUGGACAAGGCGGAGAACAUCCGUAACAUGUCCGUCAUUGCUCACGUCGAUCACGGAAAGUCCACCCUUACCGACUCCCUUGUCCAGCGUGCCGGUAUCAUUUCGGCGGCAAAGGCCGGAACAGCGCGUUUUACGGAUACGCGAGCUGACGAACAGGAGCGUGGUGUCACCAUCAAGUCCACCGCCAUCUCCCUGUAUGCUCAGCUGCAGGACGAGGAGGACCUCAAGGACAUCCCCGUCAAGGUCUCUAAGAACGACUUCUUGAUCAACUUGAUCGAUUCCCCCGGUCACGUUGAUUUCUCAUCUGAAGUCACUGCCGCUCUCCGUGUCACUGAUGGUGCUCUCGUUGUCGUCGAUACCAUCGAAGGUGUCUGCGUCCAGACCGAGACUGUGCUCCGCCAGGCUCUUGGUGAGCGUAUCAAGCCCGUUGUCGUCAUCAACAAGGUCGACCGUGCUCUUCUCGAGCUCCAGCUCACCAAGGAAGAUCUGUACCAGAACUUCGCCCGUGUCAUCGAGUCCGUCAACGUCGUUAUUGCCACCUACUUCGACAAGGUCCUCGGUGAUGUCCAGGUCUACCCCGACAAGGGUACCAUUGCUUUCGGUUCCGGUCUCCACGGCUGGGCCUUCACUGUCCGCCAGUUCGCUUCUCGUUACGCCAAGAAGUUUGGUGUUGACAAGAACAAGAUGAUGGAGCGUCUCUGGGGUGACAGCUACUUCAACCCCAAGACCAAGAAGUGGACCAAGGUCGGAACCCACGAGGGCAAGCCCCUUGAGCGUGCCUUCUGUCAGUUCAUCUUGGACCCCAUCUUCCGUAUCUUCAACGCCGUGAUGAACUUCAAGACCGACGAGAUCCCCACUCUCCUUGAGAAGCUCGAGAUCAAGCUUACCAGCGAAGAGAAGGCUUUGGAGGGCAAGCAGCUCCUCAAGGUCGUCAUGCGCAAGUUCUUGCCUGCCGCUGAUGCCCUUUUGGAGAUGAUGAUUCUCCACCUCCCCUCGCCUGCUCAGGCUCAAAAGUACCGUAUGGAGACCUUGUACGAGGGUCCCACCGAUGACCCCAACGCCAUUGGUAUCCGUGACUGCGAUCCCAAGGGUCCCCUCAUGUUGUACGUCUCCAAGAUGGUGCCCACUUCCGAUAAGGGUCGUUUCUACGCCUUCGGUCGUGUCUUCUCUGGUACCGUCAAGUCUGGUCUCAAGGUCCGCAUCCAGGGUCCCAACUACCAACCCGGCCGCAAGGAGGACUUGUUCAUCAAGGCCGUUCAGCGUACCGUCCUGAUGAUGGGUCGCAACACUGACCCCAUUGAGGAUGUGCCUGCUGGUAACAUUCUCGGUCUUGUCGGUAUCGAUCAGUUCUUGCUCAAGUCUGGUACUCUUACCACCAGCGAGACCGCCCACAACCUCAAGGUCAUGAAGUUCUCCGUGUCCCCCGUUGUGCGUCGUUCCGUCGAAGUCAAGAACGCCCAGGAUCUUCCCAAGCUUGUCGAAGGUCUCAAGCGUCUCUCCAAGUCUGAUCCUUGCGUCUUGACUUACAUCUCCGACUCCGGUGAGCACGUUGUUGCUGGUGCCGGUGAGUUGCACUUGGAGAUUUGCUUGAAGGAUCUCGAGGAAGAUCACGCUGGUGUUCCCCUCCGUAUCUCCGACCCCGUCGUCCAGUACCGUGAGACUGUCAACGGCACAUCGAGCAUCACCGCUCUGUCCAAAUCUCCCAACAAGCACAACCGUCUCUACGUCACUGCUCAGCCUUUGGACGAGGAGGUCGCCAAGGCCAUCGAGGAUGGCAAGAUUGGCCCACGUGAUGAUUUCAAGGCUCGUGCCCGUAUCCUUGCUGAUGAGCACGGCUGGGAUGUGACCGAUGCCCGUAAGAUUUGGUGCUUCGGUCCUGACACCAACGGUGCCAACUUGCUCGUCGACCAGACCAAGGCCGUUCAGUACCUCAGCGAAAUCAAGGAUUCCGUUGUUUCCGGUUUCCAGUGGGCUACUAAGGAAGGUCCCGUUGCUGAGGAGCCCAUGCGUUCCGUCCGCUUCAACAUCAUGGAUGUUACCCUCCACGCCGAUGCCAUUCACCGUGGUGGUGGUCAGAUCAUCCCCACUGCUCGUCGUGUGCUCUAUGCCGCCACUCUCCUUGCCGAGCCCGCUCUGCAGGAGCCCGUGUACUUGGUCGAGAUCCAAGUUCCCGAGCAGGCCAUGGGUGGUAUCUACGGUGUGCUCACCCGCCGUCGUGGUCACGUCUUCGAGGAGAACCAGCGUAUCGGAACUCCUCUCUUCAACGUCAAGGCUUACUUGCCCGUCAACGAGUCCUUCGGUUUCACCGCCGAUCUCCGAUCCAACACUGCUGGUCAGGCCUUCCCUCAAUUGGUGUUCGAUCACUGGCAAGUUCUCCAGGGUGGCUCGCCACUUGAUGCCUCGACGAUGCCCGGUAAGAUCGUCCAGGAGAUGCGUAAGAGGAAGGGUGUUAAGGUCGAGGUUCCCGGUGUUGAGAACUACUACGACAAGCUAUAAAGGAUUUCUGUCCAAAAUUUGUAGAUUUCCUUUACUAUCGACACUGGAGCGUAGGGCUGUUGUAAGUUUGCUCAUGAUCAUUAGCCGCUGGACACCCCAUGCAUGCAUCACGACAACUUGGUAAAGAUAAAAAAGAAAAGCGUUCAUUCUUCAAGCUACUACCAUCAGCGAGCGCAAUGAGAAAUGACGAUCCGGGCAACGUGGCCAUUAUUUGGGACAGCACUUGGAGGUGGCUGGCGAUAAGGCACGG